UAGUCUGGUCGUCACAAAGGAAAAUAACACAGCAAAUCCUGUUGAGCGACGGCUAAUUGUUCCAGCUUUACUCAUAAUAAUACAAAAGUGAGAGGGAAAUGCGGUGAGGUAUAUGGCUCAGGGCCGCGCUGGAGCAGGUCACAGAGGGAAGAGGAGGGCGACAGUAGGGAGCAGCCUCCGCACACUGCGACAUGUACCCGCUCCUCCACACACGGCUGCUCUUGGGCUUUCUGGGCUUGGUAUCAUGCGCCAGGGUGCCCGACGAUGCUUUAAAACCUUUUAUGCCCAGGACUUCUGUUGAUAUUAAUGACCCACCAUCCACGGACACCGCACUUCCUGUCGCUAGUGACCCACCAUCCACGGAUACCAACCUCCCAGCCGCUAGUGACCCACCAUCCACGGAUACCAACCUUCCAGCCGCUAGUGACCCACCAUCCACGGUUACCAACCUUCCAGCCGCUAGUGACCCACCAUCCACGGAUACCAACCUUCCAGCCGCUAGUGACCCACCAUCCACGGAUACGAACCUUCCAGCCGCUAGUGACCCACCAUCCACGGUUACCAACCUUCCAGCCGCUAGUGACCCACCGUCCACGGAUACCAACCUUCCUUACCAUACAACUACAGCAACACCUGACGGAGAUGAGAACUCAGCCAAGACGCCCGGGUCCCGUUUGUCAAAAGCGUCCCAACAACUGGAAGACCCAAGUAAACGCCUUAAGAAACUGCCUAGUGUAGGUGGAAGCGGUGGUAACCUGACGGAGAAAACACCGCCAAAUGGUGUCUCUGGUAGAGGCGAUGAUGAGGGCAGUGUCAAAGGGGAAGAUGGUGGUGGUGAAAGUGACUGGAAGUCUACAUAUGACAAUGACGACGAAGGUGAAACGGACGAUGACGCUGAAUAUAUUGAUUUAGACGAUGCUGAACUCGACCAUGAAGAGGAAUACGAGUAUGAAGAUGACGAGGGUGAUGACACUGAUGCUGAUGACACAGGUGAUGAGGGUGACAAUGCCCUGUACAGUGGUGAUGGUGAUGAUGAUGAUGAUGACCAGGAAGAGAGUGAUGAUGACCAGGAAGAGAGUGACGAUGACGAGGAGCAUGAUGAGUCUGAAGAUAAUAAUGAUGAAAAUGAGUACGACGGAUACAUCCAAAGUUACUGGGACGGAGACGAUGAUGACGACGACAACCAAGACCACGACGACGAGGAAAAUGACAACCGCGACUUCCCGAUGGACAGUGAUGAAGAGAUGGUAUUCAUGUACCUUCUUGGCAACGAAACCAGUGCCUUGACCCCCUUCAGUUCGAGCAAAGACCAUGACUCUCUGCCGGUGCUCGCUAGAGACGCCCGAAACACAUCCCCUGAAACACUCGCGGUCACAGACGAUGAAAUGGGCGGUGCAGGGACGCUCGCGGUGACAGAGGCGGCGAAGAACGCUGAAGAGCACCUUGGUUCUCAGAAAGUGUCUGGCGACGGGAGGCAGACGCCGUACUUACUUGGCGACGGGUAUGUGCCCAGAAGCGAGACAGUGAUUGUGUUAACUGAGGAACAGCUCCAACAUCUCAGUGAUCCUGGAACUGUGGAAAGGGCAAGUGAAGAAACAGAAGAGUCAACGGGUAAACAUGAGUACGACGAAGAAACAAGCAUCGAAGAAAACACUAUGUCAACUAUCGACUAUACUUUGAUCUCUGGUGAUAACUCGUGGCAGGGAGCAACAAACAGUUCAGCUCCUCCCUCCAGCGACGCCACACACCAUUACGAGUCAGAGGUAAUCACGGAGGAGGAACUUGAGGAAUUACUGGAAACCUACCACGACUUCAUCCAGACUGAGGAAGAGUGGGAAGGUAAAGGGGAAGAUAAGACUGCAGAGGAAAGUUAUUCUGGCACCGAAGGAAUCAGCCACGCAAUAACACUUACGGAAGAUACAGAAUCCACACAAGGUGAUACUCAACACCUCACAAGCCCGACCUCGCUCUCACCUUCUGCAGGAAACAAAGUGAAUGGUCUGAAAACCACGUCCCUAACAAGUGGGGAUCCCGGCUUCAGCUUGAGGAACCAAACAUCUACUGAUUUAGACAUCCAAGCAAACUCGCCGAGCACAGUAAUCUCAAGCUUGUCUCAAACAUACAAUGAUCUCACCAAGUCUGAUCAACUAACAGUAGAGGGAAAGGAACAACUGAGCAAUCUGGAAAGACUACGGAGGACAGUAGAGGCCCUGGGAGGGGAGGACGCCCUUCGCAGGAACCCCAAUGUUCAUCACAUUGUCAGGAGACAGCUGGAGGGGAACGAGGCAUGUCGGGUGUUAAGCAGGAGGCGCAGGGCCGUCGAUGACGACCACCUUACCAGAAGGGAGCUGAAGAGUGAGGUAGAGCAGUUGGCGAGAGUUCGUCGGGGCGUGGUCAACGUCGGCAGGAGGCUGGAGCAGGGCAAUGCGGGCUACAAGCAACUCUACAACCAGUACAAAAAGAUGUGUGACUUCAUCGCAAUGACUGUAUUCGAGUAAUAAAUAUCCAAGUGUA